UGCUGUAAAUGGGCGAGGACACGGACACACGGAAAAUUAACCACGGCUUUCUUCGAGACCACAACUAUGUGACUGAAGGACUGGCAUAGCAUGGGCGGCGGCAGCCAUGCAAGCUUCCCCACACUGCCAGGCCAAUGUGUCUCAACCCUCUUCUGAAGAGAGCACUUCUGGAGAUACUGCUUGCUGUGGAUUCAGCUUUCUUCAGGAGCCUGAGCAGGCUGUCCCUGGGGAAAUCUUACAUUCAGCAUUGCCCUGCGGAGGACAUGGAAGGGCUGAGCAGCAUCUAUGAUGUUGAGUCUGAAGAUGGGGUUGGAGCUGACAUUAUUUCUACUGCUGAGUUCAACCACACAGGGGACUUAUUGGCAACUGGGGACAAAGGCGGUCGAGUUGUUAUAUUCCAAAGGGAGUCAGAGAGUAAGAAUGAACCUUACAGUCAAGGGGAGUACAAUGUUUACAGCACCUUCCAGAGCCAUGAGCCAGAGUUUGACUAUUUGAAGAGUUUAGAAAUAGAGGAAAAAAUAAACAAGAUCAAGUGGCUGCCGCAGCAGAAUGCAGCCCACUCUCUACUGUCCACGAACGAUAAAACUAUUAAAUUGUGGAAAAUUACGGAACGAGACAAGCGACCAGAGGGAUACAACUUAAAAGAUGAAGAGGGGAAACUGAAAGAUCUUUCUACAGUGACCUCACUUCAGGUGCCUGUCUUGAAGCCAAUGGACUUGAUGGUAGAAGUCAGCCCCAGGAGAAUUUUUGCAAAUGGCCAUACCUAUCAUGUCAACUCCAUUUCUGUCAACAGUGACUGUGAGACAUACAUGUCAGCUGAUGAUCUCAGGAUUAACCUCUGGCACUUAGCGAUAACAGACCGGAGCUUCAACAUUGUCGAUAUCAAGCCGGCCAACAUGGAGGAUUUGACUGAAGUCAUCACGGCAUCCGAGUUCCACCCCCACCACUGCAAUCUCUUUGUUUACAGCAGCAGCAAAGGAUCUCUGAGGCUCUGUGACAUGAGGGCCUCCGCUCUCUGCGACAAACAUUCCAAACUUUAUGAAGAACCGGAAGACCCCAGCAGCCGAUCCUUUUUCUCCGAAAUUAUCUCUUCAGUGUCCGAUGUCAAAUUCAGCCACAGUGGCCGAUAUAUGUUAGCAAGAGAUUACCUCACUGUCAAAGUUUGGGAUCUGAACAUGGAAACAAGGCCUGUAGAAACAUACCAGGUCCAUGACUACCUUCGAAGCAAGCUGUGUUCCCUUUAUGAAAAUGACUGCAUUUUUGACAAGUUUGAAUGUGCAUGGAACGGGUCUGACAGUGUUAUUAUGACGGGGGCCUACAACAACUUCUUUCGAAUGUUUGACCGGAACACCAAGCGUGACGUUACUUUGGAGGCCUCGCGUGAGAGCAGCAAGCCUAGAGCCAUUCUCAAACCUCGCCGGGUGUGUGUGGGAGGCAAACGAAGGAAAGACGACAUCAGUGUCGACAGUUUGGACUUUACCAAGAAGAUCCUGCACACGGCAUGGCACCCAACAGAGAAUAUUAUUGCUAUUGCAGCCACAAACAAUCUGUACAUAUUUCAAGAUAAAAUGAACUCUGACAUGCACUAGGAUGCCUCCAUUGAUAAAGAAGCCUUGGAAGUGUUGAAGGGUGUGGUAACCAUUUGAACCCUUGACUUGGAAGUAAAUGCCAUUGAAUUAAGUGGAAUUUAUUCUCAAAUAAAUGUGUGUGGAAUCAAGGUGUGACUGGGAUGGAUUCACCCCUUUAAUGACCACUCUUGCCUAUAUAAGUAACAAACAGAUGUUUUAAUUCACUGCAGUUGUGCAAUUGCAAAA